ACAAUACUGCCUCUCUAAGGACAUCUAUCCUGAUAUUUGUUAUUGAUGUGUGGUGGAAAACAUUGCAUAGAUAAAUGUCCUAGAGAUGGCACUCCCAGGGGCAUUAAUUCAACACAUUGAGCAAAAACAAAUUCUGGAGAACAAUGUUUGUGGAUCUACAUAUUCUUUGAACUGUUCUGUCCUAAGUGAUGCACACACAUCAGAAGUUUUAGAAGAGCCAAAGCCUAUACCUAAGCCUGAUGUCAAGGGUAAAGAGAAGCUAAACUGUACUGGAUCCCUUGAUCUGGCUUAUGGUGAUUUAAAUGAUCCUUCAAGGUCUUUUGGUCCCUAUCCCUCUGCUCCAAGCAUUAUGGUGGGGCCGAUUGCUGAUUCACCCAAAAAAGAGGAGCCUGUUAAAAGGGUCUCCAAGAAGAAGAACAAAAAGAAGGGGAAGCCAGCUAAAAAGUCCUUGGAAUUAAUUGUUUCUCAGACAAGACCAAGCAAACAUGGUCAAGAUGAUGCAAUUGCAUCUUAUCAGUCAUCCAUGGAAAAUGUGGGUAGUCCUGCUUUUGGCAAAUGCUUGAAGAGUCAUCCCCCUUCUGCAGUUGAAACUUCCUUGUGUGCAUCUGAAAAUACGGUUGACCCUACUAAGGAUUCUUGUGUUUACAACACCAAGAAAGACUCGGACUGUUUCUGCAGUAGGAUCUCUGAUUCUUCUACUGGUCAUUUACUGUCUGAUGGUUGGAAUUGUGAUGACUAUGAAACCAAUGCUUGCUGCAAGGAUUUGAAUUUGAGAAUGCAACAAACUGGAGAUCUAAGCACAAAUGGUGCUAUUGAACAUCUUCAAGAGAGUGGUUCUUUCAGACAUUCGUCUGAAUACAAUCCGAAGCCAAUGAUAUGGCUUGUAAGGUUGAUGCCAAAACUGACAACCAGCGCUGUAAUAUUUGGAAUCACACCAAUUCUUGAGCCUAAAUUGAAUACUUUGACAUCUCAAAAUGAUGCAGUAACCAAUUCUAGUCAUCAUCCAAGUAUCCAGAAUGGUAAGGUAAACAAUGACUUGAUCUGGCAGAAAAGUCAGAAGGAUUUCAAGGAAGGUGGAACCAAUGGGGCAAAAAGAUCAAAUCCUAAUCAUAUAGCGCCAGAUGUUCACUUCCUUGAGAAAAAUUUUUGGGCUGAACAGAAUUCAUUUUCUAGCGAAGGAUUGUUGCCAACCUGCUUUAUUUCCUCUUCUGCAAACAGUAGUAGUGCUCAUGGAAUUAAAGAGAUUGGAAAUAAAGAUCAAGCAAUAUGUAAGAGAAUCCAUGGGAAUGCACUGGUUAAUCCCCAGUGGGCUGCUCAUCGAAGGUUAAAUGAUAGCCCCUACCAAUAUCUCUCACACUCAAGUCAAGUGGGUUCUGGGGAAACUGAUUGUGGAAAAUUAAAAGCAAACCAGAAUUAUUCAUUUAUGCAGGACAAUAGCAGCAACAGCAAGAAGGGAGUAAGAGGUUGCAAAUCAAACUUCUUUAAGCAUCGGAGUAAGUAUGCCUUUUCUCAUAAGGAAUCAAUACAUGUUCCAUUUGAACUGCAGCAUUACAAGAACACCAAUGCUGCGCCAGGAGUUAUUUACAAUAGUCACAAUGUUGUGACUGGUGGCUCUUACUGUUUACGUUCAUGUCCUUCUUCUGCCCAUGUACCCCAAAAUGUGCCAAACUUGAGAAAAUUUUCUGUACCAGGUCAAGGUGUAUCAAAUGAGAUCCAACCAGACACCUGGGCAAAGACUCCAAAGAUGGAAAAUGUCUCAUGUAGGCCUCCACAUGUUUCUGUAGACAGUGAAAAAGGAAAUCCUGCAUCCUCAGAGUUGAAGCUUUCUUGUGAAGAUAAAUUUAGGCAAGAUGUUCCCACUCAGAUGGUUUUAAAGAAGUGGAUUCCUGUUGGUAGAAAAGAGUCAUCAAUGCUGGAGAGCACUGGUCUUGUCGAUGUUAAUGGUCAUAGUGAUACUCCACCAUUUUCAUGCUCAAAGGAGAAUGAUGGCCAUCUGGAAGGACAUAAGGUUCCAGUGUCUGAACCUGCUACUUUAAGUGACCCUGGAAAGACAAGCUUAAUAUGCAAUCCCAGCAUGACUUCAGUUGAAAGUGAAGCCACACGACUUGAAGAUAUGAAUACGGCAGUCGAAGGUCAAAAAGUUGAAACUGCUGAAGAUAAUGCUGCAUGUAGUAAUAAACUACAGGAUUCUACUCGGUUCUCAAUUGGCUCACAAAUGGCAGUUCAAGCUCUAGACGCUGCCUACAGACUGCAAUUAGAGUCUGAGAGUGUUCAGCUUGCUACAGGCUGCCCGCUUGCAGAAUUUGAAAAACUCCUCCAGUCUGCCACUCCGGUUAUUUCUUCUUCAUUUGUAUAUGAGAAAUGUGAUGAUUGCUCAGCUAGUCAGCCCUCCCAUGGUUCCCUCUGCAAACAUCAGAUACCUGAUGUGUCACUUAAUGCUGUUUGGAACUGGUAUGAAAAGCCAGGAAAUUAUGGAUUGGAUGUUAAGGCUGAAGAUUCCCGAAAUCUGAAAGGGCUGCUUACUGAUUCAUCAUCAUUUCAUGCCCAUUUUGUUCCUUUCCUUUCAGCCGUUCAGUUGUUUUGUCACCCACAAGUCUCCAACAGUCAAAGUACAGAACGCAUGGAGGCUGAAAUUCAGGACAUAAGAGAAGUCGAAUCUCAUUCUCCUUCUGAAACCAAGAUUUCUGCACCUUCUCUAGAAGCAAAAGAUAUGAAGCAUAUUCAGGAGGAAAUAAAAUUACUGCUGAAAUUUGACUCAGCUCAGGAGCUUGUCCAUUCAUUCGAGGUUUCCCCAUAUGAUGGAAAUGAGUCUUUGAGUAUAAUUGCUUUACCUGCAUUUUCAAGUAAUAAUGAGCUUUUAUUUGAGUUUUUUGAAUCUGAGCAGCCACAGCUACGAAAGCCACUGCAUAACAAGAUUAUGGAGCUCAUCAACAAUGGAAAUUCCAAUCAUCAAGCAUUUGGUGACCCAUCAAAGCUGGCAUGCAUGAAGCUACAUGAGCUACAUCCUGCAUCUUGGUUUUCAGUUGCUUGGUAUCCUAUAUAUCGAAUUCCAGAAGGCAAUUUCCGUGCAUCAUUCUUGACUUACCAUUCACUUGGAUAUUUAGUUCAAAGAUGCAAUUCAACUGAUUCUCUCAAUGAGAAUAUGUUGUGUAUCGUCUUUCCUGUGCUGGGACUGCAAAGCUACAAUGCACAGGGUGAAUGCUGGUUUGAUCUGAAGAUACCUGUGGAUGCUUCAUCAAAAGAUAGUAAACUUGUCAACAGUUCAGAAACCCUCAAAGAGAGGCUCAGAACACUUCAGGAAAAUGCAUGGCUAUUUGCUAGAGGGUGUGUUUCCAAAAACAACGUCAAGGCAGUCAACCGGCAGCCAGACUAUGAGUUCUUCAUUUCCCGGAAAUGCUGAGAUGGUGCCCUUCUGUAUUAUACUCUAGAACACAACCAUUUCUCUCCUAGUUUGUACAGAAUUACUUGCAGCUUCAUCCGUCUUCCCAUGUAAAGAUUUCUAAAGAAGAUGACAACUAGAAUGGAGGGCGAGGCACAAACACUAAAGCAGUAGCCACCGUAUUUCGGGUCUUUGUAGAUAAUGGGAACAGAAAGUAGUUAGCAGAAACCUACAGGAAAGGGUUAGUUUCAGUUUUGAAAGCCUGAUAUCCACAUCUCACAGUCAACCUAGGUAAAGAUUGUUGAUAUCCCAUGUAAAGAAGAAUACUUCAUACAUAGUUUCAAGUAGAAGUUAAACACAUUGUAAA